UUCAUGAUUAUAGGUGCAGGAGCUAUAGCAUCACUGCAUGUGAGUAAAAGACUUCAGCGAAAGUGAAACUUAACAGAUGAACAGGAAGCUUCAUUAAACAACAGCAUUUCAUUUCUCUGACAAUUUGAAAUGAACAACCUGAUCUGAUAUUCACUCUCAGUCAUGGCAUCCUCCAGUGGUCCAGCACUAAAUGAGGAGCUCCAGUGCCCCAUCUGUAUGGAAGAGUUCCCUGAUCCAGUCACCACUCCAUGUGGACACAACUUCUGCAGAACUUGUCUUACAAACACACAGACCUGCUUCUGUCCAUUCUGUAAAGAAAGAUCCAGCAAAAUACUUGAUCUUGAGAGCAACACAGCACAGAGGUUAACAGAGGUUAUGCAAAACUUUAAAGAGAAGCUCGAUCUAGGAGAAUCUAAGGUCUUCUGUGACUUCUGUGAUGAAAGAAAGCAGAAAGCUGUGAAGUCCUGCCUGAUGUGUCAAAGCUCUUACUGUGAUGAUCAUCUGGAGCCUCAUCGCAGAGUCCCACGUCUAAAGAAACACAAACUCAUCAACGCUGUGGAAAAUCUGGAGGAUUAUAUAUGCCAGAAACAUGAGAGACCUCUGGAGAUGUUCUGCAGAGAUGAUCAGACGCGUGUUUGUCUGUUCUGCACUGAAGGAGAUCACAGGACUCACAACACUGUUCCUAUAGAGGAGGAGAGUCAAGAGGAGAAGCUGGUUCAGACAGACAAGCAGCAGAUGAUCCAGGACAAAAUGAAGGAGAAUCAAGAGAGCGAACACUCAGUGGAGCUUAGAAAGGCAUCAUCAUCAGAAGUGGAAUCAGCUGCAAGGGCUCUUAUUGAGGUGUUAGCCAGGGGCCUGGCUGCAUCUUCAUCAGGUGGCACAUCUUCAACAAGAGAAAAUGUGCGAUUGAGCGAGGCAAGUGACAAUACUCCUUUGCCCACUCUGCCGGAACCAGAAAAUAGGGUGAGGCAGGCAUUGAAAAGUCAUGGCAUCCUCCAGUGUUCCAGCACUAAAUGAGGAGCUCCAGUGCUCCAUCUGUCUGGAAGUGUUCACUGAUCCAGUCACCACUCCAUGUGGACACAACUUCUGCAGAACCUGCCUGAGCAAGUGCUGGACAAACAGAAAGAUCGGCUUCUGUCCA